GCGAGCUGCCCGAGCACGCCGGCGGGGAUGCGCGGCGAGGGGGUGCACUGGCAGCCGGCGGCUUCCUUCCGCAGCAGCUAAUUUUAGCAGCUCGUCACCCCCCUCUUCCCGGGGCCGCCAACUUGGUCGCCUCCAGCUCGCGGCUGCCGGGGCCGACUCCCCCGCCGCGGCUGGCUCUUGGUAGCUUCCACGCGGGCAGGUCCGGAAACUGAGCAUGUCUGCAAGCGCUUGGCGGCCCCGGCGGCGGGGGCAGAGCCUGGCUGCGUCAGGCUCCUCACAGUGCCAGCGCCGCGCCCGGCCCCGCCGAGAGGGGCGCACUCGCCACCGCGGGGCCCGCGCCGCUCACCGCAGCCCCCUCCCGGCAACCUGCAAGUCCUCCCAGAACUCGAGCAAAUAAGUGGUUUGUGCACCGUUUGGCAAGCAGAACAGAAACUGCCAGUGGUCUUGUCAAGUGGAUUUACUAAUUCCUUAUUCUGAACUCAAGAGAAGACUCCUUCAGAAACUGCUGCAAUGUCUGUCUCUAAUCUGUCAUGGUUAAAGAAAAAGUCCCAGUCAGUGGAUAUUACUGCUCCAGGGUUUAACCCUUUGGCUGGUGCAGGAAAGCAAACCCCACAAGCCAGCAAGCCCCCUGCACCCAAGACCCCCACCAUCGAAGAAGAACAGAACAACACAGCAAAUACCCAGAAGCAUCCUUCUAAGAGGAGUGAACUGAAGAGGUUCUACACCAUUGAUUGUAUGCUGCAUGCGUGCAGGUACCCUCACGUCAGAAGAGGACAUCGGAUCCCCUAGAGCCCGAGUUACAAGAGGUUAUGAGAAGUCCAAUGUGAACUGAACUCAGUUUCUCUGGAAGACAGCAAGUGUUCUUAACUGCUAAGCCAUCUCCCCAGCCCCCGUAGUUUAUCAUAUAAUUAUUUCUCGCAUUGAGCUUCAAUAAA